ACCACGUGAUGUCAGCGCGCGCGCACGCAGAUAAGGGGAGCGAGCGAGCAGUGGGCAGAGAGACCGGGUCAUCUCUGUCAUUGUAGAGCAUCGCGGAUGAAAGUCCGGUCGUUUUCAGAUCUGCAUCACGGGGAAAGGCCCCGUGCUUCCCCCGCGGAUACCUCCAACUUACCGCAAGACGGAAUGGAGGGCAGAACGCCGUCAAAUCCACGGGAACUCACCCAGAACCCCCUGAAGAAGAUUUGGAUGCCGUAUAAAAAUGGCCUUCCUGAAACACACAUUUCUCAGAGAAAGGUAUGUAUGACCAACUGUCCCACCCUGAUUGUGACGGUGGGCCUUCCUGCAAGGGGGAAGACCUACAUCUCCAAGAAGCUGACCCGCUAUCUCAACUGGAUCGGGGUGCCCACCAGAGAGUUCAAUGUCGGCCAGUACAGGAGGAAGUGUGUCAAAAUCUACAAGUCCUUUGAGUUCUUCCGUCCGGACAACGAGGAGGGGUUAAAGAUCAGGCGACAGUGUGCUUCAGCGGCGCUGAAUGAUGUGCGGCAAUACCUCGCAGAAGACAGAGGCCAAGUUGCUGUGUUCGAUGCAACAAACACCACCAGAGAAAGAAGGGAAACCAUUAUCAAGUUUGCAGAGCAGAAUGGCUUUAAGGUAUUCUUCGUGGAGUCUGUGUGUGAAGACCCAGAUGUCAUACAGGAAAACAUAGUGCAAGUGAAGCUGGGUAGCCCCGAUUACACCAACACUAACACAGAGGAAGCCGUGGAAGACUUCAUGAUGAGGAUUAAGUGUUAUGAAAACUCCUAUGAGACGCUGGAUGAAGUCCUGGACAGGGACCUCUCCUACAUUAAAAUCAUGGACGUGGGUCAGCGGUACUUGGUCAACAGAGUGUUGGACCACAUCCAGAGCCGGAUCGUCUACUACCUCAUGAACAUCCACAUCACGCCGCGCUCCAUCUACUUGUGCCGCCACGGAGAGAGCGAGCUCAAUGCCAGGGGUCGAAUUGGAGGAGACUCGGGCCUCACAGCCAGGGGCAAGGAGUUUGCUCAGAAGCUGGGCCAGUUCAUCCAGGCCCAGGGCAUCAGAGACCUGAAGGUGUGGACCAGUCAGAUGAAGAGAACCAUCCAGACAGCCGAGGCUCUCGGCGUGCCCUACGAACAGUGGAAGGUCUUGAAUGAGAUUGACGCCGGUGUGUGUGAGGAGCUGACGUAUGAGGAGAUCCAGGAGCACUAUCCUCUGGAGUUCGCCCUGAGGGACCAGGACAAAUACCGCUAUCGCUACCCGAAAGGAGAGUCCUAUGAGGACCUGGUGCAACGGUUAGAGCCCGUCAUCAUGGAGCUGGAGAGGCAGGAGAACGUGCUGGUCUUCUGUCACCAGGCUGUCAUGCGCUGCUUGUUGGCGUAUUUCCUGGACAAAACAGCAGAGGAGCUGCCGUACCUGAAGUGUCCACUGCACACAGUGCUGAAGCUAACCCCAGUGGCCUACGGCUGUAAAGUGGAGUCCAUCUGCCUCAAUGUGGAUGCAGUCAACACACAUAGAGAAAGACCAGAGAAUGUGAACAUCCAUCGAACCCCUGAAGACGCCCUGCAGACCGUCCCUCUUCAUCUCUGACAGGCUGCUGUUGGAGUUGAACCUCUCGCUCUCUCUCAUCCUCGUAAAGGACUCGUCUUUUUUCUUCUUCACCUGCUCACACUGGUGACUGUCUGGAUGAUGUGCUUCCUCCUUCAACACCUCUGGCAAACAUCUCUCUCUCAGCACAACCUUAUCUCUGUCUGUAUUAUUAUUACUCCUUUAAAGGGUUUUGGAGGAGCUCAGCCUGAACAUGAGACGAGUGUUUGGGUCUCUGUUCACAUGUGGUGCUCAACACAGCUUGUCCAAAUGAUCCUGCACCUAGCAGGUUUUCAACACUUGGGUCACAGCAGAUUCCUGUCUUUUACUACACUUAGUAUGGUUUCAGUGUGUUGAUACUGUGCAGCAGUAUUGACACAGCAGUAUUAACCAUGUGGUUUCAUGAAUUGAUCAUGUGACUUUAUGCUACGUUUGAUGUGUUGCCGUAUUGUGCAGUCGUUACAUGCCAAGGUGUUUUUAGUGGUAAUGUGCAAUCUGAAGGUUACAAACCUACUUUAAACCAUGUUUUUUUGGGCAGUGGUAACUUAAGGAACAAACGACCAGGCAGUGUCAUUAAAUAUGAGAUUUUCUAUGCUGAAAACACUCACUUAAAAUUUUAUAUUGGAUGGAGGCACAAACAUAAUGUGUGUCAUGUACAACACCAAUGAAAUAGAUGCUAUGUAAAUCAUUUUACACACAGACUAUCAGUGAAAUUAAAACAUGUACAGAACAUGUGUGAACGCACAAGGUAAUGCAAAAACUGAACAGGAGCUCAAAGCUGUUGCUGUUGACAUGGGUCAUGAGUAACUCUACUGUAAUAAAACGGGUUAUUUUUUACAAAACUGCCUGUCAUGACUUCUGAUGUGUAUUGUAGAUGUUGUGAUCACAGAAUUGGUUGGAACUAAUAAUUAUUUCUCAUAUCGAUUAAUGUGCUGAGACCUGUGAUGGAACACUGACAAUACAUGAUGGUGAGUGUCCAGAUAACUAUAUCUGUUAGUGAAUAGGUUCCUCAACCAAUGCUACUUAAAAGUGCAGCCGUACAACCCUGCACAGCAGCUUUGUGUGUGACUUUGUGUGGGAGACCGUGCAUGUCCAGUAAAUACUCCUGAAGAGUAAAGGCACAACAUAUUUUAAUCAUAUUAUAAAAAUGCCAAUUUCUUCUCCAAAAACUACAGCCUUCUGUUAAUUUGGGAUUACACUGUAAAUGUGAACAAACACCACAGAAGGGUUCAUAUGCAGUCGAUGAUGUGUAUGUAUUACUUCCUCUUUCUCACAGCUGAAGUAACUGCAUGCGAGAUGUGUCAAAAACAACUUCCUCAGAAGCAGAA